UUCUCAACUGCACGCCAGGGUUAAUUCGGUGCAGCGAAUGCUUUUUUGACUCGGAUCUUUUUUUGUCUCUUUUCAUUUUCUGCAAUCACUGCAGCGCCAUACCGGCUUGCGAAAUCUGCAUGUCGGACGACGAGACACCGAACAAACUGCAUUUUACACAGAAUGACGAGUGAAUCGAGUACACCGACGUUUUGUUUCGCUUGGGAAAUCGUGUUUCCAGAACGCCGCUGUGGAAUAGACGUCCUUGUAAAAUAAUUCUCGCUCUGAAUUUCUGGCGCGACAUAUUUUCAAUAUCAAAACUAACUAGUUCGAUAAAUAUGUUGCAAGUUAUAACCCGGUUGUCGAAAUGCAAAUAAAUUACAAAAUUUAGAACGUCUGAUCCGACCGCGCAGGGCGGACAAAGUUUUUGCGAAUAUUCACCUUUAAAAAUAAUACAGCUAAAUCUGUCGGGGAAAUUUUUUUUCCGUCAAAUUCAGCAAUCGUAAUUUACGUAGCGUAGGUACUCUUGUAUCGGCGAAUACCUUCAAUUUCAUAUAUAUUUUCAUAACUCUUACGAAGUAGAAAAUGUUGCUCCAGAAUUUCGUAACUCGAUGGUUGUUGAUGGAAUAGUGGAUAAAAAUAAGAACAAGAAACAAUCGCGCCAUUUUCUUCGACGUUCGAAAGUUUAGCGAUGUCGCACAGGUAAAGUGCGAGCAUUCAGAUACACAAAUCCGAGGCAAAUAUGUCUAUUAAGCUAAUUAAGCUAAUUUUAUCGGUCGUCGUUCAUACCUCGAAAAUUGGAGUUUUCCGAUCGGCAGAGUUCUUCAGGUAUUUGAUGCGACAGCGUCAAUCUAUCGCGUUGGCGAUUCUAAGACCGUCUGCAUUCAGUCGUAACAAAAUCACAAUCCCUACCCGGAAGUCGGGAGUUACGGAUCACCAGAAUUUCGAGAUCUUGUUCGGAGGGAUUUUAAGUAGAAAUCAAUCGAUCAUAAGCACAAUUUUCUUUCUUCGGGGUCUAAUUGCGUAACUCAUAGAUAAUCUCUCGGCUUUUUUUUCAACUGCAGCGCAGGAGACUGGGAAGCGAAGAAACGUCGAACGGCUCUCGAUCAGCCAGCAAUAUCGGCGGGGAUCUGAUCGAUCCAGAGGACCCGCCCGAUUCGCGGACGGGGAAGUUUCCACGACUUUCUGAAACUCGAGGUGUUUUUGUUCCUUUCUGGAUUCAAGACACGACAUUCGCUCGUUUCGACUUCUCGGAGACACAGUCCCGAAAAACGGCGCUCCGGCGGAAAAAUUUUACAACAGUAUCACUCCGCUGGUUUAAGUGAACAAUAUCCGAACAAUUUUUGAAAUCUAAGAAAUUCAUAAAUUUGUGAAUAAUCAAAUCGAAUAGGCCAUAUAUCGUGCAAGCUCGGUCGAUGCUAACUGUAUAAUCGGAAACGGGUAACAUUUUUUAUUCAAAAUCAAGAAAAUUGUAUUCGAUACCAUUCGCGGUGUCGGAAGUUAAAAGAAUCAACCGGAAUCACUGAGAAUGUUGCCAAAUUGAAAAGAUAGUUAUCGACUAAGUGUGCGAAAAACACAUCCUGUAAAAAAAUACAAUGUUAAAUUAGUUUCCCACGAUACCAAAAGUUCGACGAUACACUCUUCCCGUACUUUGUACUUUUUUGAGACGAAGUGAGACCGCUGAAUAAAAGAAUAAUUGAUUUCCAUCCCGAUCGCCAUGUCUUGGGUGCCUCCGGAUUUAUCGCAGCUUUGCGAACCGCACUCAACGUUGUCGUCGUGUCAACCAGCCACCUACAUGUUCCUGGCUCUGAUCGCCCGCCUCUUUGGUCAAUCGAGGGACAAUAAAUACGCUCAUUUUCAAACACCCACAGCUUACUCUCCUUACCUGGACUUUGACUACGGGCGAAAAAUCUCGCUGUCCAAUUUCCAGAGCAGUCCGAUAACGUCGAGUGGAGGAAAGUCCGAUGUGGAAAAAUUCACCAAUGUUUUUGCACCAAAAAGUUAUUCGACGAGCAGUGAAAAUCCUUUCGCAAAGUACGAGAGCUUAUUCGGUACGAGUCUCAUACCGAGCACUAAUUACGUAGGUGAUCCCAGCGCGUCUAGGGGAUCGAAAUCCGUGAGAAAUUUUGGGAGAUCGAAGGAUCUAAGAGCGUCGAGAUUCGGGAAACCCGAGAAUCAACGAUAUUUCGGAUCGUCGGUAGAAAAUUCGCCCGAAGAUCACGUCGUCUACGGUGAAAUGGCGGAAUUCAAACUCGGCAAUUCGGAUGUCUCCGUCCCUCUUUAUCCCCCUUUAUCGUACGGUAACGAUUUCAAAUACGAAGCUUACGCAACGGACGGCGUGCCAAAAACUGUGUCAUCUCACGUACCGACGACAUCCAACGUUGAAGAGGCGCCGAAAUCAGCGUUGCGACAAAUCGCGCAAAUUCACGGGACGGUUGGUCCGGACGUGAUACCGGUGGUCGAAACCACCAGGGAAAAUGUCAAGCCUUUCUUCGGGACGGGCUUCGCGAUGUACGACACUUGGAAACAGAAUGUUAGAAUACCAAAAAUUGAAGGAGAGGAGAACAAAGAAACGGGAAUAGCUGGCGCCCGUUCAGAAAAUUACGAAUACAGAUUGGCGCCCCAGGAGGUAGCGGCGGAAUCGUCUUUUUCCAGCGAUAUAAUCGGCAGGGGCCUCGGCGUCGACGAAUACGAUUUCAUAAUCGUUGGCGCUGGAUCUGCAGGAUGCGUCGUGGCGAAUAGAUUGUCGGAAAACAAGGAGUGGAAGGUUCUGCUGUUGGAAGCUGGUAUAGAAGAGCCAGAAGUCGCCGAGGUACCGGCAUUCGCAUCGAUGUUACAGGCCAGUAGUAUCGACUGGAUGUACCGAACUCAACCGGAAAAAUAUUCCUGUCGGGCGAGAAGAGGCAAGACUUGUCCAUGGGCUCGAGGCAAAGUCAUGGGGGGAUCCAGCACGAUCAAUUACAUGAUCUACAUUCGGGGAUCACCCAGUGAUUACGACGAGUGGGAAAACGAGGGAAAUCAUGGAUGGGGCUACGAUCACGUGCUUCCGUAUUUCUUGAAGUCGGAAAACAACGAGGAUCCGGAGAUCGUACACGAGAAUCCUAAAUACCACAGCAAAGGUGGUUAUCAAAACGUGGAAAGAUUUCCUUUCGCUGACAAAAACGUUGGGGUGUUGAUGGACGCGUGGCAGGAAUUGGGAUACAAGAAAAUUGACGCCAACGCCGGAAACGAGCAGAUAGGAGUGAUGAAGUUGCAGAUGACGUCGAUACACGGCGAAAGACAGAGCACGAACGGAGCGUUCAUUCGUCCGGUGCGCGAAAAACGAAGGAAUUUGGAAAUUGUUACCGAAGCACACGUGACCCGGAUACUGAUAGAUCCGAAAACGAGACACGCCACGGGUGUGGAAUACGCCUCGACCAAGUCCGGUUUCCGGAAAAUAGUAACAGCUAAAAAAGAGGUGAUUUUGAGCGCGGGUGCGAUAAAUUCGCCGAAAAUACUCAUGCUCUCGGGCGUCGGUCCGGCCGAGGAACUCGAGAAACACGGGAUAAAAGUUAUCUACGACUCAGCCGUUGGACACAAUUUACAGGAUCACGUGACCAUGGACGGUCUGGUUAUAGCGUUGAGCAAUAAAACUCGGACCGAUAAACAGGACGAUGAUAAAAAAAGGGACGUUUAUCGCUACAAGCAGACGCACAAGGGGCCAUUAUCGGCUACCGGCGGUCUAGGAUGUGGAGUAUUUGCGCAAACACUUUACGAACAUGGUUUCGACAAACCGGAUAUACAGUACGCCUUCGACGCCAGUAACGUUAAAGAUUAUCUAACGGAUCCCGCUGGAUUUGGCGAAUCGGCGGUCGAGCCACUCUCUUACUACGACGCUAUGAAUAUCAGGCCGAUUCUUCUGAGCCCGAAGAGCCGAGGAGUCAUCAAGCUGAACGACACGGAUCCACUGUGGGGUCAGCCGUUGAUUUAUCCGAAAUAUUUCACCGCCUAUCCGGACUUGGACGCGAUGGUGGCCGGGAUCGAGAUAGCUCUGGAACUUUUCAAGACGGAUUCCUUCGAGAAACACGGCUUGGAACUCGUGGACGCUCCUCUUCCGGCGUGCGAAGAAUGGGAAUUCGCCACCGGUGAGUACUGGGAGUGCGUUCUGAUGGAAUACACCGGUACGAUUUACCAUCCCGUCGGAACGUGCAAAAUGGGACCUCGCGAGGACAGGGAGGCGGUCGUGGACCCGAAACUCAGAGUCUACGGAAUAAAGGGACUGCGCGUCAUAGACGCCUCUAUCAUGCCAAAAAUCGUCAGGGGAAACACGAACGCUCCGACCAUCAUGAUCGCCGAAAAGGGCAGCGACAUGAUCAAAGAGGCCUGGAGUCACCACCGUCGUUGACGACGACUAUAACCGACGCAACGUGCAGAAUGUCGUUCGACGUCAACGGUGAAAUCGUCCUCUUUUUUUAUCUCGUUGAAUUUCGGGUGAUUUUUAAUAAUGAAACGACACUUGCUACUUGUUGAUGAAAAUUGUUAAUAAAUUAUACGUUACAUCUGCUGAAGUUAUUACCGUAGGUAAGUUUUGUUCUUGUUCUGUGUCAUAAAUUGUAUUUCGCGAUGCUAUAAAAUGACUCGUUUGUUGGA